AUGGGGAUGGUGAGGAGUAACAAUGAGAACUACCUAACAGGUUUUGUCCUCCUGGGGUUUUCUGAUUAUCUUCAGUUGCAGAAGGUUCUAUUUGUGGUUAUCUCGAUCUUGUAUUUAUUAACCAUUUUGGGGAACACCACCAUCAUUCUGGUAUCUCACCUGGAACCCAAACUUCAGACACCAAUAUACUUUUUCCUCUCCCAUCUCUCCUUCCUGGACCUCUGCUUCACCAGCAGUAUUAUUCCUCAACUUCUGGUCAACCUCGGGAGUUCAGACAAGUCCAUCACCUACAGUGACUGUGUGGUUCAGCUCUACGUAUCCCUUGCCCUGGGAUCCACAGAGUGCAUCCUCCUGGUGAUGUCCUAUGACUGCUAUGCUGCUGUCUGCCAUCCUUUACACUAUGCCUUUCUCAUGAGUCCUCGACUCUGCCACAUCCUGGCAUCUUUGGCAUGGCUCAGUGGGGUAGCCACCACCCUUAAACAGUCCCCCCUCAUUCUGCAGCUGUCCUUCUGCAGUCAUCACCACGUGGAUCAUUUCCCCUGUUAGGUCCCUGUGCUCAUCAAGUUGGCCUGUGCGGACACCACUUUCAAUGAGGCUGAGCUCUUUGUGGCCAAUAUCCUCUUCCUUUUCAUGCCUGUCUCCUUCAUCCUUUUCUCUUAUGGCUAUACUGCCAAAGGAGUUCUGAGGAUCAAGUCAGCUACUGGAAGAAAGAAAGCAUUUGGGACCUGCUCCUCCCACCUAAUGGUCAUCAUCAUCUUCAUGUACCUGCAGCCAGCCAAGAGCAGAUCCAAGGGCCAGGGGUUUGUUUCCCUCUUCUACACUGUGGUGACCACGAUGCUCAACUCCCUGAUAUACACUCUGAGGAAUAAAGACAUUAAAGGGGCACUAAAGAAAGUUCUAGGGAAGAUGCUGUGA